AUGCCUGCUCUGUUAAACACUGUUACAGUUCCAACGGAAUACGUCCGUCAGCAAUAUCCAUCGGUGAAAGCUUAUUUAGAAGAUGAUUAUCUAGGUCAAGGAGUUCUGUGCAUUGCUGAAAGUCAACUGGUAUGGACGGCUGCAUCAAAUGACUCGGAACGACAAGGUAUAGCGAUUGAUUAUCCGUCAUUGACUAUGCAUGGUAUUGUCACUCAUGAUCCGAAGUAUCCCGAAGAACAUUUAGUUGUUGUUGUUCAAAAAUCAAACGACGACGACGAUGAUGAUGAAACAGAAAAUCCUCAAGAAAACGGUGAUAGUGCCCGAAGUGAAUCUCCAGUAGAAUUCGAUAGCAUCCGUACGGUUAACUAUCGAUUUGUCAUGGCUACCUCCGAAGAUUUGAAAGUAGCUUAUCAAACAAUCGCCGAGUGUCAAGCACUUCAUCCUGAUCCAUUGGAAGAUAUGGUCGAAGAUGAUGAAGUUGGUUCUGACAUUGAUUAUGGAGAAGAAGAAGAUGAGAGCAAUGAAAAUGGCAAUGGAAAUAAUGACGAUGAUCCUUAUGGAUACAAUGCUCAUUUUUCAGGUUCACAUCAGCAAACACGAGGCACACGAUUCGGUGGACACAGACGCGGCGAUCAUGCCGAUCAAGAUGACCACAACAAUAACAAUCCAACAGAAGAGAUGGAAUAG